GUGAUCGACAUCAAGUAAUACGAAUAAUCAAUGAAUUUCAAUGCUAAUUAGUAAUGGAGAACAAUGAAACAUUUGGCAAUUUUCGGGGUAAAUCGAUUGACUUUCGAUCAGGCAAACGAGUAGAAAUUAAUCGAAUCGUCCUUUCGAAUAAUGGAAAAGUACUUGGACAUCACUAGUUGCAACCAGAUGACAGUUGUGGAAGCAUCUGAUUUACAGUGCUAAAAUUUAAUGUAUUUCUUUCCCAUGCUUGCAAACACGAUUAAAAGGUUGAAAUUUUCAUACUGAAAUUCACACGUUAUAUUACGGUAAAAGGAUCGAACUAAAGGGCUAAAUUCUGAAUCGAAGAUGCCCACUUACGAGCUAGUUUUAAUUCUUCGACAAAUGCCAAGGCCAGAGGUAAUUUCUGUUUUGAAGCGCACAGCAACAGCUAUUUUCGAUAAAGGAGGUGUUAUACGUAAACUGGAUAACCUCGGAACUCGUCCAUUGCCAUUUAAAACCAGUGUUCAUGGAUUAGUUCAUCGUACGGGAUCACAUUUCAUCGUUACCUUUGAUACUCCCCCAUCGACUGUGGAAGAACUAGAAGAAGAGUAUGGCCGAGAUGUUGAUAUAAUUCGUAAACGCAUCUAUAAAGCAAAUGCCAAUGAACAGGAUCAAGUUAGUUGUACCCUGCACGAAGAGAUGCUUCCUCCAGCUUAUCGAAAAGACGUACAGAAAAUGGUUGCAAUCGCGAGCAGGAAUAAAAAGAAAGGUUUCCAGUACAACUCUGGAUUGGAUUAUUAUCCUUUCCAAAAAUAGAUAUGCAAUGUUGCAUUAUGUCGUGGUUCAAAACAUUAGUUGAUAUAGUCAAAACGAUAAAAUAUACACCCUUAACACGCAUUUCGUUUCAUAAGGUUUUGCUGAUUUUUUCAAUAUGUAUAAAACAACUUUUUAGUCCAAUAUUGAAACGAAUGAUCACUGUAA